AUGGCAGACUACUCGGCCCUCGCCUACAAGCGCCAGGCCAAUGCCCCCAGCGCCGCGGCCGUCAACGACCGGUACCCCGCGCCGCCGAUGCAGACGCUGCACGCGCCUCCGCCCCCACACGCCGUGCGGUUCCGAGAGCUCCCGCGCCUGCACGUCCCGCCCUUUGCGCUCACGCAGCAGUCUGCGCCGGGCUGGAAGAUGCCGCCAGAGCAGCAGCAGCCCGUGCCGCGCAUGAGCGUGUCGCACCUGCUCGCGGGCAACUUGUGGGGCCGCUCGUCGUCGCCCCCGCAGCUGCAGACGCCAUCCAUGUUGACGCCGCCGUCGCUCGCCGUCGCGCCGGUGCCAGCGCCCGUCCUGCGUCGGCUGCCCAGUUUUGCCGACAUUUUGGCCCGCACCAGUCUCUUGCACUUGAUCGGGGGACGCUCCAGUGCGUCGACUGAAGCUCCUGCGCCGGUCGUUGACGCGCCAGUGGAGGAAGAAACACAGACGCGGACGCAGCAGGCCGAGCUCCUGGUGUACCACCCGCAAGAGCCGUCAACGGCCGUGUCCCAGGCGGUCGACGAGGGCCGCGCGGGGUUCCUGUCGUCUCAUUCUUCUUCUGCUCCGUAUAUGGAUACGCACGUGUCGGCGGACGCGAUGAGCAACAUGGGCGACGAGUUGCCACAGAGUCCAAUGGGCGCAGCGUCGCCGGCGAGUCAGUCGAGCGAGUUUAACAAGCGGCGGGAGCGCUGGACAGAGGACGAGCACGCGCGGUUCAUGGAGGGCUUGAACCGGUACGGCCGCAAGUGGAAGAAGAUCCAGACGUUUGUCCGCACCAAGACAGCGGUUCAAGUCCGCACGCAUGCGUAUGGCUACUUUGCCAAGCUCCUUCGCAACAUGCCCGAGGACGACGCCAUCUGGGAGCUUGCGGAGGAGAUGAGUUCUUUACCUGGUGCAGUACUGAAGGGCCCUGGCAACGGCAAGCGCCGCAACGAGCCCAAGACGGACGAGGCUGGCAUGGAAGUGCUCCGCCGCUUCGUGUUUUCCAAGAAGAAGUUGGACGAUAAGAAACAAGUGCUGGCGUCGAGUGAGCUGGCAAAGGACGACCGGGAGAAUGUAGAGAUGGCGGAGUCGACUCCUUGUAGCGCAAGUUCGCACACGUCGACGGGAUUGUGGAGCUCGACGCAGCAGUGGAAAGCUGACGAGGCCGACGCGCUGCUGGAGAUCAAGCGCCAGCGUCUGAAGUGA